AUGUACAUAUAUGUAGACUCUAUAUAUGCAUAUGUGUAUGUAUGUAUGUAUAUACACUGUCCCUUAAUAAUUGUUUUACAGGUCAUCUGCUUAAACUGGGGUCAGGGGAAGAAGCCUGAUUAUUGCUCUGGGCACUGCAAAGUUUAUAUAUUUUUGUAUUUAUUUUUAAUUAUGAAAAGAACAGAAAGUAGUAUUUCUCCCAUGACUCACCAGUAUUUAAUAACUAUUAAUAUUUUACUAUAUUUGCUUCUGCUUCUUUUAAACAGUAAAAGUACAGGUAGAGCUGAAGCCGCCCCGCUAUGUUCACUUCCCUGCCCCCUCCCCAGAGCUACCUACAGCCUGGGCGUCUGCAUGCCCCCGUCACCAGGUGGCGAAGAUGGUAAAGAAUCCAUCUGCAAUUCUGCAGGAGACCUGGGUUCGAUUCCUGGGUCAGGAAGAUUCUCUGGAGAAGGGAAUAUCCACUCCAAUAUUCUUGCCUAG